AAGAUGUACUGCAAACCUGCAAGGAGGUUGGUAGAAACGGAAGUAACGUUGAUAUCAACAACCUGAGUUGCAACUCAGGCAAAACUUUACUGUCGUUAUAACUAGCUUUUAAAGUUAUUAUAUUCGUCGCAAAUGCCGUAAUAAUAUCUUGUAUAUUAUGGAGGAAGCAUUUUCCUGUGAGCCGUGGAAGUGGUUUGUGUUUAUGCUGAAACUUAGUGGCUAAUUUAGUCAUUUUGAGCAGCCAAGUUAGCUAUCUUUUUGUCAGCUGACAAGAGUGAAUUCGUUUUGACAGCCUCGGUAAGCAAACAGUAGUCUAAUAUGCCCAGGUUUUGUUUUGUGUUUAGUUUUGAUAAGGUUGCGGGUGUAGCUGGAUUGCCUUCUCGCUGUUGUUGACACGUCCUGGUAGGUUUUUAUCUGGUGCUGAAAGUGCCCGGUUCGCAAUGCUCCUGCAGCUGCUCCCACCUGUCAACUAGCUGGCUCCUCCUGUCUCCCAUCUGCCGUCACCCAAUGGCUCACUGCGGCUCCUUAGAACCGAGCGCAAAGGUACAGGCAUCACGUCCGGAUAGCAUCAUGCCGCCGCAGGGUAGCGUAGACCAGAGCAUGAAGCCGGUAUUGUUCGAGAUCUUCGGCGAGAUAUGGACCGUCCAGUCGCGCCUCGGUCAGGGAGUCUCGGCCUCGGUGUACCGGGUCAGCUCAGGCAGAGCCACCACGGCCGCUGUCAAGGAGUUUCAGGCCGACACUCAGGGAGGAGAUUACGGGUAUCGUAAAGAGAAGUCCGUGCUGGAAGACAUCCAGGGACAUAAAAACAUCGUGACUCUGUACGGGGUGUUUACCAAUAGCUGUAUGGGUGCUGCCACGCGCUGCCUUCUGCUGGAGCUCUUGGAUGUCAGUGUGUCUGAGCUGUUGGUGAGGGGCAGCAGUGGUACCCAGGGUGGUAGACCCCAGCAGGGCCACUCCAUGUGGCUCGUCCAGCACUGUGCCAGAGACAUCCUGGAGGCGCUCACCUUCCUUCACAGGGAAGGGUACGUUCAUGCAGACCUCAAGCCACGCAACAUUCUGUGGAGCGCUGACGACGAGUGCUUCAAACUCAUCGACUUCGGCCUCAGCUUCAAAGAGGGAAACCAGGAUGUCAAGUACAUCCAGACAGACGGGUAUCGCGCUCCAGAGGCUGAGCUUCAGAACAGCCUCGCUCAGGCCGGGGUGGAGGUGGAAGGGGACUCUGGCUGCACUGCUGCUGUGGACCUGUGGAGCCUUGGCAUCAUCCUCUUGGAGAUGUUCUCAGGAAUCAAACUCAAAGACACAAUCCGCUCACAGGAGUGGAAGGAUAACAGUGCUGCCAUUGUAGACCAUAUUUUUGCAAGCAACAGUCUGCUGUGCCCUGCCAUCCCUGUUUAUCACCUCAGAGACCUUAUCAAAAGCAUGCUUCUCAACGACCCAAAGCAAAGAUGCACAGCUGAAACUGCCCUGCUGAGCCCAUUCUUCAGUAUUCCCUUUGCUCCUCACAUCGAGGAUCUGGUUCUGCUGCCCUCUCCUGUUCUGCGUUUGCUCAACCUGAUUGAUGACAGCCAUCUGCACAAUGAUGAAGAGUAUGAGGACAUCCUGGAGGACAUGAAAGAGGAGUGCCAGAAGUACGGCUCAGUGGUUUCUCUGCUCAUCCCCAAGGAAAACCCAGGGAAAGGACAGGUGUUUGUAGAGUAUGCCAACUCCAGUGACUCCAAAGAGGCUCAGAGGCUGCUGACGGGCCGCACCUUCGAUGGGAAGUUUGUCGUGGCCACCUUCUACCCUCUCAGCGCCUAUAAAAGAGAUAAUCCAUCCUCAGUGAGUAGUCCUGCUUCAGGAAAUGUCCCACAGCUGCAAUGAUUGUUACUUUUUGUUUAAACAAAAAAAUAUUAAGCACAAUAUGAGAAGGUCACUGUAUGCAAGACACAUACAACUGUGUGUGAAAAUAUGUGAGUUCAUGCUUUACAGUGAAUUGUGGCACUCAUGCUGUUGCGUUUAAGUAUCUCAUAAUAAAAAUGAUAUUAGAUUUGAA